AUGAGCAGCAAAGCGCAACUCAGUCGACUGGAUCAUUUAGCGAAAGCGAGCCAUGCCUUGACAUUGAGUUGUCCAUCACUGUCGCGUUUUUACAUGAACCAGUUGCAGCAAAAUGUCCGUGAUUUCGAUAUUGAACCUGGCAAAGCAUUUCGUCGAUUGGCAUGUGUGAAAUGCGGCCAGCUUAUUCUGCCGGGAAAGUACACUUCUGUGACGCUCAAAAAGAAGGGAUCCAAGGAAAAGGGUACCAAACGAAAAAAUCAACUGGUCUAUCGCUGUAAUGCAUGUUGUUAUUCCUAUGCUUUGAAAGGAUCACAUCGAAAUUUGAUACCCAUUUCAGCCACACGUGGCACUCAACCGUUGACAACAAUGCCGCCCACCGUGACCGCUUCCCAAUCCAUUCAAUCUUCUCCAUUAUCAACCUUCUCCUCCUCCUCCUCCUCCUCAACAGCCUCCUCCCGUCCUCACACCGCACCACUGCAGACCUCUCCUUCUCCGUUGCAGGCCAAGAAAAAAAACAAGAAGAAAAAGAACAAUCUUCAAGCUUUACUCGCAAGUCGCAAAGAAAAAGAACAGCAGCAGCAACAAAAUUCAUUCGGUCUGAAUGAUUUUUUAUCUUCACUGUAA